AUGUACAACUCGGUCAAGGCCCCUUUAAGAAGGGUUGGAUUGAGGUUCCAGUCCAGUGACUCCAAGAACUCGGUCUUCCUCUCUGAUUUGUUCAAGAGAAUAGAAGAAGUCACCGCAAAGACCAAGGACAUCAAGCCUGCCGAACGUCCAAAGAAGACCUUCAACAAGAAGAAGCCACUCAAUAAGAAGCCUGCCACCUUGGCUGCCAAACCAGCUCCCCAGCAACCUCAAAAUGUCAUAAAGGUGCAAGAUCACUCCUUGAUGAACAGUUUCGGCCAGAGCUAUGCUCAGUUUGCAACUACCGGAGGUGCUCCUCGCGGACCACCAAGAACUCCUAGAACUCCUAGAGCUCCAGGUGUCAGAACCGCUAGAGGACCAAGACCCCCCAGAUCAGAUGCUCCAGCUCCCUCUGCUGCCAGACCGGCUCCUCAAAGACAAGCCAGACCAACGAGACAAAGGGCAUUAGACACUUCAGAAAAGGACGGAAAGGUCCCAAGUAAGAAAUUGGUGGCACAGCCUUUGGUUCCACAACUCGGGGGUAACACCUUCUUCUACGGCAAGCUCACCACUGUCAACCCCUGUGUUACAUCCAGAGUUGCAUCUAUAACAAAGGAAGCAUUACUUAAGUCCAAAUACCCAUACUUGGCACCCAAGCAUAUCAUCGACCACUUGCCCGAAGGCCCCCAGAACAAGUUCUUGCUCCAGAACAACUACUCGUUGGAGGUCGACCAAGACGCUUUCACCUCCAGAUUCAACGAGGUGGUCAAGGGUACUCCUCAGCAAAUCAAUGUAGGUGUCAAGGGAGCCCAGGCCGAGUUCACCAGGGCGGAAAUCAUGAAGAACGGUACUUUGAAUGUGGCCAACAAGCAGACGCUUUUCGACAUUGUCAACGGGUUGAAGAGUCCCAAGGAUUUAUUUGCCAACGCUGCGUGGGCUAAGAAAUAA